CAUCCCCCGCGCGCAGGAGAUUCCCGCUGGUUAAGAAGACACACAUAUAGAAGGGUUCGCCUUAGCCGUUUGUCAUCCCACGCAACUGAGAUCGAAUUUCUAGGCCACUCCACCAUAUAUAUAAAAAUAAUAAUACAGCAACCGAAUCCGUUCAACGUAGAACCGUCCUUAUCAACUAGAAGCCAUGUCCGUAGCAGGAUUCAAGAAGCAGUUCCACAAAGCCACACAGAGGGUGAGCGAGAGGGUGGGUGGUGCUGAAGGAACAAAGCUCGAUGAAGACUUCACCGAGAUGGAAAAGAAGGUGGACACCACCAGCAGGGCAGUGUUGGACAUCAUGACCAAGACCACAGAGUAUCUACAGCCCAACCCAGCCUCCAGGGCCAAGAUGAGCAUGAUCAACUCCAUGUCUAAGAUGCGUGGGCAGGAGAAGGGUCCGGGCUACACCCAGGCUGAGACCAUCCUGGGGGAGUCCAUGCAGAAGUUUGGACGAGAGCUGGGGGAGGAGUCCAACUUUGGCCUGGCUCUGAUUGAUGCUGGGGAGUCCAUGAGGGAGCUGGGGGAGGUGAAGGACGCUCUGGAUAUGGAGGUGAAGCAGAACUUCAUCGACCCGCUUCAGAACCUCCACGACAAGGACCUGAAGGAGAUCCAGCACCACCUGAAGAAGAUGGAGGGUCGUCGUCUGGACUUUGACUACAAGAAGAAGCGUCAGGGAAAGGUGCUGGACGAUGAGAUCAAGCAGGCGCUGGAGAAGUUUGAUGACUCCAAGGAGAUCGCUGAGCAGAGCAUGUUCAACCUUCUGGAGAGCGACCAGAUCGAGCAGGUGAGCCAGCUGGCGUCCCUGGUCCAGGCUCAGGUGGAGUACCACAGCCGCGCCGCUGAGAUCCUCACACAGCUCUCUAGCAAGAUGGAGGAACGGAUAAGAGAUUCCUCCAACAAGCCCAGGAAAGAGUUUGUCCCCAAGCCGAGGACCUCCAUGGAUUUCUCCAUCAGUGAGAACCAUAACGGAGGUAUUCACAGCGGUUCUGCUAAGUCCCCAGGUAGGAGGCUUUCCCCCCUGGACCAGCCCUGCUGCCGUGCCCUGUACGACUUCGACCCGGAGAACGAGGGAGAGCUGGGCUUCAAGGAGGGUGACAUCAUCACCCUGACCAACAAGAUCGACGACAACUGGUACGAGGGAAUGCUGCACGGCAACUCUGGCUUCUUCCCAGUCAACUACGUGGACAUCCUCGUCCCGCUCCCCCACUAGAGGGCGCUCCUCGGCCGGCGCCAGAAGUCGCUUGGUUGGCUUUAGCGGCGGCAGCAGAGAAGCUGUUUCCCCGUCUCCCGUCCCCUCUCUCCCCCCCGCCCCCCUGCAUCCCCGCCCCUCCACUCCUGAACGUUCCUGGUAACCCCCCUUCACUACGAGGAGAAGACAACGCCAUACACAGAUGGGAAGCAAGCCAGUGGUGAGGUUGAGCUGGGACCGAUGGCGUCAAGCCAGGAGGGAGAGGAAUAGCUAAAGACAUUGGGGUUUUGAAUGCCACUGUGGGCAUCACACACUACUGGUUCAAACACUAAGCUGGGGGUCGUGAUCUUUUCAGAUGGGUGAUUUAUGGUUUCUUUCAGGAGUUUCUCUUUCAGCUCCUGCAGUCUCUCCCUGUCCUCCCUUGUUCAGGCCAGGUGUUCAUUGGCUGAUAAGUAUUUUCCAAAAUGGCCGGCUCUCUUCUUCUCUGUGUUUGUGAAAACUUCUAGAUAGCACUUUUUCUCACUGUCUCAUAUCAUACAGGUUCACUUAUUUCACCUCCCCCAGUAUGCUCGUUGCUGUAAGCAUGUUUUACCCCUUACGACUGUUCUGUGUUUGAACUUAUUCUUCAGAUUUAACUUGUAGGAACGUUCGAGCUGAAUCUAUGUUUAGGUUUUAUAACUCCCGUCUCCGAGGGCAAAAAAUAUAUAUAAGAAAGAAAAAAAAAAGUGGAAGGUCUUCUGUUUGCAUGCUUAGGUUGUUUCUUCGGGGAGUUGGCCUUCAUCUCACGCAGACUGUUUCCCCAGACAGUCUCCUCCUCAACUUCCGGCUGUCAUUCAAUGAGGGUUCAG